AUGAUGAAAAGAGCGUUUUCCAGGCUUUCAUCACGGCUCUUGAAACAGUCAGAGAGUGAUGAGUUGCAAUCCACCAUUAGGUUUUUAACCAGAAGUUCACAACCCCCCAUUUCAUCACUAUUAGAAAGCAACAAGGAUAGUACAAUAGUGAGUCCUGAUGGCGAAGAGGACGGUAAACAUGUUGAAAGAAUUUUGAAAGUUUUGAACUCUACUUUGCCAGAGGUUGAAUCAGGAAAGGUCCGUGUCGAGGCUCACUAUGACGUGCUGUUCUCACAGUUGAAGAAUAUCGUGGAGACGUCGAUCAAAGCUACUGAUCAAAAUAUUGUAAAGGAGGGUCCUGUGAAGGCUGUAGACUCUGCUGUGCCCUCAGACGUUCUUUACGACAAGCUUAUGUUACUGCAGUAUACCAAUCAGUUGACUAAUGCAGGGCAAAUGGCAAGGAUUGUACUUUCGAAGAAUUUUACAGCUUGGGAUAAAGUAUGGGGCAAGAUAUCGUUGUUUCAAGAGUCUCAGCGACGGGACUUGUCUCUGUUACUGUACUUCCGCAGUGGUAACAAGCAGAUACGAGAAACAUACGAAAAUGAAUGGUUGGGACAUUACCAUGAAUUGCAUAUAAUAGUUCAACGGCUUUUUUGGCGAUGUAUAUGUCGUGAAAUUGGGCCUACGGACGAUUUCGCAUCGGUCAUAUUACAGAACGUAAGAAAGAUUCAAAACUGGCAGGGAAAAGAUGUGGUUGUACUGUACCAAUCAUUGUUCGCCAAAGCUCACUUAGUGCCAGAGACUUUGACGCAGGGAGUACGAAGUGCUGUGAGUAAGAAUCAAGAACUCUUCAUUCAGGCAUUGAGAGAGCUAUCUCGUCAUGACUCUGCCGAGAAGAAGAUAAAAAAAUGGAUGGUUCGACUAGUAAAGAUGAGUAUUGAAAACAAGAUAGCUUUGGAGAAAUCAGAAACUCAAUCCGGGCUAUCGAUCUACCAAUACAGGUUCAUAAGAUCGCUGGAUUUGACAAUUCAGGAGUUGCAUACUGCAUGUGAGGGGAAGAAACACUUGGUAGAACUGCAACGACAUCUGGAGCUUAUCCUUAGAAGAAUACACAAUGAAGAGCAAGAAGUCAAAUCGCAGAUGUCACUGAAAUUCAUAUAG